UAAACUUGAGCGCUCCAGUUAUAGCUUCAAUCGCCAUAAUAACUCUCUCAUCAGAUUAUUCUUACUCUAAUUUCUUAGAUAAUGCUAGUUCCCAUAGUCAAUAUGGGUACGGAUUAUAUGGCGCUUGUCUUACAACUUCAUCUACAUUUUUAGCUUCAACCUUGGACGCAUCCUCAUCUACAACUAGAUGCAUUUCUUAUUCGGAUGCUAGCACUAGUUUUACCGGAGUCAACACGAGUUUGUAUGGUGGCGUGCAAUUUCUUGAAGCUUUGCAUACAAUUGGAGAGAUUGUUUUUUACGCAGUUCUUCAAAAAGAUCUAGACAAUGCAAUUUCUAGUGCUGGAUUUGCUUUGACUGUUUUAUCGUUUAUAUGCACAAUAGCAAUAGUUUUUAUAUAUUGGAAAACUAAUUCAAUGCCUCAAGAAGAAGAUCAGAAACAGUUCUAUGAUACAACUUCAUAUAAUUGUGUUGUGGAAACGCCUUAA